AUGGUGAAGGGCGCGUGCGGCCUCUCGAAAAGGAUGUCACGCGGCAGUACAAGCUGGGCUCGCUUUGCCAGCAGGAACUCGCUCGGGCGCAUGAUGCCAGCGAACCCCGCAGCGAGCAGCACCGCGAUCCGAGGCCACCCCCACAAGAGGCAGAGGCCGGUCAAGGCCCUCAGGACCACCAGCGGCAUAGCAAUGUGGUGGUUCCCUGGUUCGAGGGCAACCCACUGGUAUCCAAGGUCCCACGCAGCCCCGAGUAGCUUCCUGAGCUCUGGCGCCCGAGAGGCCACGGCGUUCACGGCGUCGGCAAACCUGCUGUAG